CUCCUCUGUGCGUCUUGCACCAAAUAAUCGUUUAAAACGCUCUUCCAAAUUGGGAUUUACGCAAAGGAGUUUCGCAGACAGUUGAGCAGUGGUCUACGGUAGACCCAUAUACAGACGUCCAGGGAAGAGGGGGCUCCCCAAAAACCUGAGCCAUGAGUCGCAGCAUUGUGCGGCAGAGUAAGUUUCGCCACGUCUUCGGGCAAGCGGUGAAGGCAGAGCAGGGCUUCGAUGACAUCAGAGUGUCAAAGGUCACAUGGGACAGUUCGUUCUGUGCUGUCAACCCAAAGUUCCUGGCGGUGAUCGUGGAGUCCAGCGGAGGAGGAGCCUUUCUGGUACUGCCUCUGUCCAAGACAGGACGUGUGGAUAAGAACUACCCCCUGGUCAUCGGUCACUCUGGGCCUGUCCUGGACAUUGACUGGUGUCCCCAUGACGACAACAUCCUGGCCAGCGGCUCUGAGGACUGCACUGCCAUGGUGUGGCAAAUUCCAGAUCAUGCUCUGACCCGUCCCCUCUCAGAGCCUGUAGUGGUGCUGGAGGGUCAUUCAAAACGUGUCGGGAUUGUCACAUGGCACCCAACAGCACGCAACAUCCUUCUAACAGCAGGUAGUGACAACCUGAUUAUCAUUUGGAAUGUGGGCACUGGAGAGCCCCUCAUCUCCAUGGACGACCACCCAGACCUCAUUUACAGCAUCAGCUGGAACCGAAACGGCAGCUUGUUUUGUACGACCUGCAAAGACCGACGUCUCCGAGUGUGUGACCCACGCAAGAGAGAGGUGGUGGCGGAACGUCUUGCUCCACAUGAAGGCAUCAGGCCGAUGAGAGCCAUUUUUACCAAAGACGGAAACAUCUUCACAACAGGCUUCACCCGCAUGAGUCAGAGGGAGCUGGGCCUCUGGGACCCGACAAACUUUGAGGAGCCUAUUGCACUAUUGGAGCUGGACACAAGUAAUGGUGUGUUGUUACCCUACUAUGACCCGGACGCAAACAUGGUCUACCUCUGUGGAAAGGGAGACAGCAGUAUCCGUUACUUUGAGAUCACAGAGGAGCCUCCGUAUGUGCACUACCUCAACACCUUUAGCAGUAAAGAGCCACAGAGGGGUAUGGGCUUCAUGCCCAAGAGGGGGGUUGACGUUACCAAGUGUGAGAUCGCCAGGUUAUUCAAGCUUCUUGAUAAGAAGUGCGAGCCCAUCACAAUGACAGUGCCUAGAAAAUCUGACCUCUUCCAGGACGACCUGUACCCAGACACAGCGGGCCCAGAGCCUGCCAUGGAGCCUGAGGAGUGGCUGGACGGGCGUGAUGAGGAUCCCAUCCUGGUGUCUUUAAGGGAGGGCUACAUCCCACCCAAAAGUCGAGAGCUCAAGGUGUCCAAGAAGAACGUGCUGGACUCUAGACCCACCACCAGGCGCAGCAUGUCCACCUGUGACACCAACAGCCUGCCGCCUCAGUUGCUCGAGCGAUUGCUGGAGGAGCUACAAAACCUGAAGGCCACGGUUUUGUCUCAGGAAAAGAGAAUCUGUGAUCUGGAGAAUAAGCUCUCGCAGUAUACCAACGGCACAGCUUAGUGUGCACAACUGCUGUGAAAAACUAUUUGGACUCUCUAAAUGUUUAUAUUUUGGAAGUUGAGUUUUAAUGUUUUCUAUCAACAAACCAUAUUUUGAUAUUAAAGAUGACUCAAGUAAAUAUACAGAUUUAAAUGAUUAUUGCAUGGCCCACUGUGCAUCCGAACCAAUAACUAGUGAACAAGACAAAGCAGUGUGGCUCUCACCUCACAACAAGGAGGUUUAAAUCCAAAACUGGGGCCUUUCUGUGUGGAGUUUGUAUGUUCUGCCUGUGUCUUCAUUUUCCUCCAUUAACCUGUAACAUGCACCAUAAGCAUUUCCAACAGCUUGGAAGUUCUGUCCAAGCCAAGCAUAACAUUAGAUGGGUUCCAGACACUGCAACCUGACUGGUAGCAACUGUGGCAUAGGUUAGGCUAAAAAAAAUUGCUUACAGAGACAAAAUACACUAUAAAGUGUCUUGUACCGGUAUUCCUAAACCACUAGUACACAAAUCUCUAUACAUAUUCUUAUCUUUCUAUAUAGUAUGCCUAGGUUGCUUUAAAACAAUCAUUAUGAAGUUGUAUUUUGUUUUUACUUGGGUUAUAUAAUAAAUAAUAAGUUUGUUGAUGCAAAAAUGUUGAAGCACAACAAAUAUGCAAAAAUAUGAGAACUCACAAAGAGAACAAAUACUUUUCCUCAGCACUGUGAUACAUAGUUGGAACUGGUCUGAAUUCAGAUUAUUGUAGACACAUAUCACCCUUGCAUAGACAAGGAACUCCUGAUCUUCUGCACUGAAAGGUAAAGUAUGUCUAAGAAUGCUAAAAGUGGAACAUUUUAAGAUCAUUUUAUGUCUAUGAUGUUUUAUAUUGAGCAUUUGUAUCAUCUUAAUGUGCCUUUGAUGCUGUGGGAAUUGAUCACAUUUACAGUGUAUUUAUGAGCAAGUGAAGAGUGGGAUGUGAGAGGAAAGAGGUGUCGCACAUUUGAAGGAUUUGUGUAUGUUGGAUUAAAGUCUACACUAACUUUUUAUACAUUUAAAUAAAAUGACAAUGACAGAAAAAUAGAAAAAUGAAAUUCCAAAAAGAUUAACCAUAUUAAAUAAAAUAUAUGCUUUAUUUCAGAAAGGAAGACCCAAGUUUUCAAAAUGUAAAUAGUUAUGAAGGAUUCAGGACAAUUUUUAAUCAUGUCAUUUGUUUUGUGUUCUGUACAAUAGACACAUUGACCACAAUAAAGCAGUGUUUUUUAAACUC